CCCUGGGCACUGUGCGUCGGAUGCGCAGAAUAAUCUCCGAGGAUCCUGAGUGGACCCUGGCCAACGUGCCCUACCUCACAGAGCUCUGCAUCAAGCACAUCGUCCAGAACUUUCAGAGCAACCCCAUCCUGAAGGAGCUGCUCCCCGAGUACCAGAAGAAGGUGCUCAGCUCCCUGCCGCCCAACCUGCCACUCUCCAUCACCGCCAACCUCAUCGACGACGAGGGCUACUGGCAGCGCUGUUGCAUGCAGCGCUGGAAGGUGUGCCAUGUGGAGCGCCACGGGGGCAGCUGGAAGCACAUGUUCUUCGAGCGGCAUCUGGAGAACCUGCUGACGCACUUCAUCCCGGGCACCACGGAGCCCGCCGUCAUCCUCGACCUGCUGCCCUUCUGCAAGGAUUACGUGCGGCGGCUGCGCGUGGACCAGUUCCUCCCUCCCGUGCAGCUCCCUCGCCACUCGAAAGACGCCGAGCAGUCAGACUCGGGCAGCGAGGGGGACAUGGAGGACUCCAUCACCGACCACUACUGCUUGGGACCGCUGGUGGCCGGCCUGAGCCACCUGGAGGAGCUGGACCUGGUGUUCGGCGUCAAGGACUGCGGCAUGAAUUUUGAGUGGAACCUUUUCCUCUUCACGUACCGCGACUGCCACUCCUUGGCGGCCACCAUUAAGGCGUGCCACACCCUCAAGAUCUUCAGGCUGACCCGAAGCAAAGUGGACGAUGACAAGUCACGCAUCCUAAUUCGAAGCCUCCUGGACCACCCAGCCCUUGAGGAACUGGACCUGUCACACAACCUCAUUGGGGACCGAGGGGCACGGGCUGCCGCCAAGCUGAUGAGCCAUAGUCGCCUGCGCGUGCUCAACCUGGCCAACAACCAGGUGCGCACAUCUGGCGCCCAGGCGCUGGCUUACGCCCUGGCACACAACACCACCCUCACGUCCCUCAACUUGCGCCUCAACUACAUAGAGGACGAGGGUGGCCAGGCGCUGGUCCACGCCUUGGAGACCAACAAGUGCCUGACCACGCUGCACCUGGGGAGCAACGAGCUGUCUGAGACCACGGCCACGCUGCUCUCCCAGGUGCUGCCCACCAACACCACCCUCACCAGCCUCAGUCUGGCCUGCAACAACAUCGGGCUGGAUGGCGGGAAGCAGCUUCUGGAAGGCAUGUCUGAGAACCGGACCCUGCUGGAGUUUGACUUGCGUCUCUCCGAAAUAGCCCAGGAGAGCGAGUACCUCAUCGGCCAGGCUCUCGCCACCAACCGUGAAAUGGCCCGCCAGCGGGACCUGAACCCCGGGCUCUUCAUGUUCCCCAUCACUGCCAAGGGAUUAGAGAACCCUAUAGGAUAA